GUGGGCGUGGCCAUGUGAACGCAGGAAGAAGAAGAAGCAGCGUAUAUGACUUCUCUAUAGCAGCAUCGACAUUGUGUUAUGGAUAAAACCGCCGUGGUUAAAGUCGGGGCGGUGGCUAGUGCGAGUGUGUGUGCCCUUUUUGGAGGAGUCGUCCUCGCUCAGUAUAUUGUGGCCAAGAAGAAAAGAGCUGGCAAGAAAACGAAGAUCAUCGAAAUGAUGCCCGAGUUUGAGAAGAGCACGGUCCACAUCAAGGACCCCGAGCGGGUGGAGCAGAUCAUCUGCGGUCUGAUUAAAGGAGGCGCUUCCAAACUACAGAUCAUCACAGACUUUGACAUGACGUUAAGCAAAUUUGCAAUCAAUGGAAAACGCUGCCCGACCUGCCACAAUAUAAUUGACAACUGCAAGCUAGUCACAGACGAAUGUAGGCAAAAGCUGUAUAAACUGAAGGACACAUACUAUCCUAUAGAGAUCGACCCACAUCUGACCAUUGAGGAGAAAUACCCGUUUAUGGUGGAGUGGUAUUUUAAAUCUCACACAUUACUAGUGGAGCAGCGAUUACAGAAGGACAAACUCCCCGAGGUGGUGAGAGAAUCGGACGUCUGUUUACGGGAGGGUUACGAGCACUUCUUUGACCGGCUGCAUAAGCACAGUGUUCCUGUGUUCAUCUUUUCGGCGGGGCUGGGAGACGUGCUGGAGGAGAUCAUCAGACAGGCUGGUGUUUAUCACCCCAACGUCAAAGUUGUCUCUAACUUCAUGGACUUUGAUGAGAACGGCAUCCUGAAAGGCUUUAAAGGCGAGCUGAUUCACGUGUACAACAAGCACGACGGCGCGCUGAGGAACACCGACUACUUCAAACAGCUGAAGGACAACAGCAACAUCAUCCUUCUGGGAGACUCACUCGGAGACCUCAACAUGGCAGACGGCGUCCCCAACGUAGAGAACCUCCUGAAGAUCGGCUUUCUCAACGAUAAGGUGGACGAGCGCUUGGAGAAAUACUUGGACUCUUAUGAUAUUGUUCUAGUGAAGGAUGAAACCCUUGAAGUGCCCAAUUCCAUUUUACAGAAGAUCUUAUAACUGUAAAGACUCUCAUUAUUGGAUUAGUAGUCACUGAGCUAACACAUGCACGCACAAGCCAUACAAACCCCUCACCGCGAUCUGUUAUCAUCACUUCCCAUCCUAGACAAUGUCCUCUUCCAUUCGUGUGUCUGUUUGUGGUUUGUUCCGUUAUUUCUAUUUUUUAGUAAAGAAAAACCAAACCAACUGUCUCUAUAUAAGCGACUUUGUUUAACGUGUACAUUAGUAGACUUGUUAAUGUAUUAUUUUUGAUAUUGUAUCAUUAGAUUUCAUGUGCAAAUCUCAGCUGGGAUGGAACAUAAGACCGGUCUUUAACUAGAGUUUAACUGCUAGCAUUUUUAUAGCUCUACAGGCAGUAACUCGAGUGUACUACUGUCUGUAUUUGUGCUCCAAAUAUUAGUGUCUGUAUAGUGGGUGUGGCCUAACUCGGAAGCAAUGUCAGCAUGGUGUGUGAAUUCUGGCUCUGGCAGUUCCUCAACCUCAGCUACAUCACUCAAGUUCAUAACUGGGCUCAACUAGCGAUGUGUGCUGUAAAUGCAUUUUAAUGAACAUGGUCUUUCUAUUUGUCCUGCAAGCGUCAUAUCUAAGCACUCAUUCACGGGUUAGUCCCACUCGUGCAACUUUUUUUGUUAGAUCCCAGUCCUGAUGCACACCACAAGUCUCAACCAGAUGCACCUUUCUGGCUAGUUUUCCCAAAAAAAAAAAAAAAAAAAAAAAAAAAACGUCGUGCGCCUCCUAUUUGUAUCUGUACUUAUAUCCAUUUAGAACAUUAUUUGUUCAUUCUGAGUAAUAUAGUCAUAUUCAGUUAUAUCUCUAGUACAGAUCAUAACAGGAAGUUUACAUAAUAAUGGUAUAGUUUCUAGAGAAACUAUAUGAAAAUGUAUCUAUGUAUUUCUACACCAGCUGAACCAACUGUAGUACGCUGUAGUUUCCUCCUGCAUUCUUUUUCAUGUGUAUAGAUAUAUAAAAUUAUUAUUUCCCACAUAUAUAUAUAUUAUACAUUAUAUAUGCACAUGGAUAUUAAUUCCAUGCCCAUCGUCCCAUGGCAAUACAAUAUAAGAAGCAGCAAAUAUAACAUGAAUGUAUUGUGUAUUUUUAUUACCUUUAACGUGUUACGCUUCAGGUGCAUUUUGGAAUUUGGGCCUGCUAUUGGUGUUAGGAUUUUCACUACCUCUAUAAAGGACAGUUCGUCUAAAACUGCUAAUGUGGCUAUGUGCGAAUGAAAGCAUCAGAAGCCUGAGCUUUCAUUCAUUAUUCGCAGCAUCAGCAUUUUUAGGUGGACCAUUUCCUCAUACGAUCGGUCAUAAGGUGGGGUCAGUUUGACUUGCACUAACUUGUUGUUAGUAAAGUCGUGUUUUAAGUUCUCGAGACUCGUUAUGUAUGUGCUGCUAAUUUGCAUGUUGCCUUUCUUGCUUUCAAAAUGAAAUGUUGGAAGACAAGAGCUGGUUUGUCAAUAAAUGUAAGCAAUAAUGACAACCGCUUUUUAUUAAAGGUUUGGAGGUCUAAAGGUUUUUAAA